UCACCGAAUGGUACCAAACAAUAUGAAGACACGGUUUGGAGGCCAGUAUUACAGCGCUCGGUUUGUGCAGCUGGGGAGCUAUGCCAUUUCUAGACUGCGUGAUGUCACUGCCAGUUAGUCUUUGUUAUGGUGGCUGGAGUACAGCUGUAAGCCCCAACUUUCAACGCUGCCAACCCUAUAUUGGACGCCGUUUUCUUCCAAGGCUUACUGUACGGACUAUUUUGGUAAGCUUCAUGCACCUCGAUAGAACUUGGUGUAGCCGUGGGCUGACCACGGAAAGUGUUGGCCGGUUGCUAGGGCAAAUUUGGCCAGCGAGCGUUGCUAGACAUGUCUCACACUCUGAAGGAGCCUCAUUCCAUGGUAUGAUCGACGUUACAACCAUGAUGGACUUGUGGAGACUUUGAACUAAAUUCCGUUCGCAUGAUUGUGGAGAACGACUUCGGUGCCCCUCAACCGUCGUGCGUGGAUGUGACCCUGUUGUGGCUUUUUACGGGUAUGGCAAAGCAGAAGGCUGGUAGACUGCGGAGAUCCCGCCUCUCCUAAUGAGUAUAUUAAGUAUCU